AUAACAUCUAUGACCUUUAGUUGCACCGGUUCAUGAACGGUACAAACACAAGCGCUUACUUUUCGUAACCUAGUUCGAUAGUGAUAAACGUUGUUUAUUAAUCCCGCAAAAUAUUAGAUAGUAACGACGAUAAACAAAAAGUAAUAAUGUCUUCCCUAAGCGCAAAAAUUGGCCCAUCGAUUCUGAACGCAGAUUUGUCGCAACUGCACGAGGAAUCGCAAAAGCUAUUGGAUAAUGGGGCCGACUAUCUCCACCUGGACGUGAUGGACGGAAUGUUUGUGCCGAACCUAACCUUCGGACACCCGGUUGUUAAAUGUCUCCGGAACAAAAUCAAGGAUGCCUUCUUCGAAACCCACAUGAUGGUACAAGCUCCACAGCAGUGGGUUGAACCGAUGGCCGAUGCUGGCGUGAAUCAGUACACAUUCCACAUUGAACCCGUGAUGGAUAGUGUGGUGGAUAUUUGCCGCAAAGUACAGGAAGCCGGUAUGAAGGUGGGUCUGGCCAUCAAACCCGGAACACCGGUAGAAAUGGUGAAGGAGUUUAUCACUCUGGCCGAUAUGGUACUGAUUAUGACAGUUGAACCAGGCUUCGGAGGGCAAAAGUUUAUGACCGACAUGAUGUCCAAGGUACAGUGGCUUCGGGAAAACUAUCCGAAUUUGGACAUCGAAGUGGACGGUGGUGUUGGUCCGGCAACCAUCGAUGCUUGUGCGAAAGCGGGAGCAAAUAUGAUCGUCUCCGGGACAGCAAUCAUACGAGCAGAUGACCAAGCCGCCGUUAUUCGUCAGUUGAAACAUUCCGUUAACAGUGCGAUUAGGAAUUAGGUGUAAAUUAUUGGUUUUAGAUGACAGUUUAUUACAAGAAAUGAGAUAUUAUAUAUGCUUGAGAAAAGCGGGAUUUUUGAAUU